AUGACUCUGCCGCACAACCCUGGAAAUGUGGGGGAGACCCGGCCCCCCCAGGCCGUGCAGGUCCACAGACUGGAACGCCGCCAGGAGGAGGAGCAGCAGGAGCAGCGGCAGCACAGCCUGCACAUGGGUUCCUCGGUGCAGAGGCGGACCUUCCGCAGCAGUGAGGAAGAAUAUCAGUUCAGCGCUGCUGACUACGCCCUCGCGGCUGCCCUGGUUCUGACGGCCUCCUCAGAGACGUCUUGGGAGGCCCAGCUGAGGCGCCGGAGCUCCGCGGUGGAGCUGGAGGAGCGCGGGCAGAAGCGCGUGGGCUUCGGCAACGACCUGGAGAGGACGGAGAUCGCUUUCCUACGGACCCAGUGGCUGCUGCGCCAGAGCCGGGACCGGAAGGCGCUGAGGCGGCGGACAGAGGAGAAGGUGCGGGAGGCCAAGGAGCUGCGGGAGCUGUGUUCCAGCCGGGGGCCCUGGUUCUGGAUCCCACUUCGCUCCCACGCCGUCUGGGAGCACACCACAGUCCUGCUGACCUGCACCGUCCAGGCCUCGCCUCCACCCCAGGUCACCUGGUACAAAAAUGACAUGAGACUCGAUCCUCGCCUCUUCCCUGCUGGAAAGUACCGAAUCACCAACAACUACGGGCUGCUGACCUUGGAGAUCAGGAGAUGCACCGUCGAGGACGCAGCCACCUACACAGUGAUAGUGAAGAAUGCCUAUGGCCAGGCCUCCUCCUUUGCCAAAGUCCUUGUCCGCACUUACCUGGGGAAAGAUGCUGGCUUCGAUUCGGAGAUCUUUAAAAGACUGAUGUUUGGCCCCAGCGUGGAAUUCACAUCGGUGCUAACGCCGGUCUUCGCCCGUGAGAAGGAACCCUUCUCCCUAACCUGCUACUUUUCGGAAGAUGUGUUAGAUGCUGAGCAGAACAUCCAGUGGUCCCGAGAUGGGAGGCUCCUGAGGUCCUCAAGACGUCGGCAGAUCCUCUAUGCAGACCGCCAGGCAUCCCUGAAGGUGUCCUGCGCCUACAAGGAGGACGAGGGGUUCUACACAGUCCAGGUGACUUCACCCUUUGGGCCCCGGGAGCAGAGCACCUAUGUAUUUGUGAAAGAUGCUACAGCCGAGAAGCUGGGGGCCCCAGGUUCCCCGCUGAAUGUCCGAUGCCUGGAUGUAAACAGAGACUGCCUCAUCCUGACCUGGACCCCGCCCAGUGACACCAGGGGCAGCCCCAUCUUCGGCUACUCCAUCGAGUGGUGCCAGGGCGAGUCCGAGCAAUGGGUGCCCUGCCAUGAGGCCCCUGGCGGGACCUGUAGGUGCCCAAUCCAAGGCCUUGUCGAAGGCCAGAGCUAUCGAUUCCGGGUGAGAGCCAUCAACAAAGCAGGCAGCAGCCUCCCCUCCAAGGCCUCAGAACCAGUUGUCAUGGGUGACCAUGAUGAAGCCCGAAGGAAGAUAGAGAUCCCCUUUGACCUGGGAAACAAGAUCUCGGUCAGCACAGACGAUUUUGAAGACUUUGUGACCAUCCCCUCCACUCCGACCAAUGUCCAUGCCAGCGAGAUCCGCGAGACCUAUGUGGUCCUGGGCUGGGAGGAGCCGAGACCCCGAGGCAAAGCCCCACUGACAUACACCCUGGAGAAGUCAGUCAUAGGUAGUGGCACCUGGGAGGCCAUCAGCACAGAAACUCCUGUGAAAUCCCCGAGAUUCGCCCUUUUGGAUCUGGAGAAAGGGAAGUCGUAUGUCUUCAGAGUGCGCGCGAUAAACAAGUAUGGCAUGAGUGACCCCUCGGAGUCCAGCGAGCCCAUCACCUUGAAGGGGAAGCCAGCUACUCUCCCUCCUCCAGCUCAAGUUCAAGCUUUCCGAGACACGCAGACCUCCGUCUCCCUGACCUGGGACCCAGUGAAAGAAAGCCCAGAGCUCCUGGGUUAUUACAUAUACUCCCGGGAGGCAGGAUCAUCCGAGUGGCAAACAGUUAACAACAAACCCAUCCAGGGCAAUACGUUUACGGUUCCCGGGCUGAGGACGGGCAAGGAGUAUGAGUUUUGUGUCAGGUCGGUCAGCGAGGCCGGGGUCGGUGAGAGCUCAGCCGCCACCGAACCCAUCAGGGUCAAGCAGGCCCUGGCUACACCAUCUGCUCCAUAUGACUUCAUCCUCCUAAACUGUGGGAAAAAUGAUAUGGUCAUUGGAUGGAAACCUCCCAAGCGCCGUGGAGGUGGCAAGAUCCUGGGCUACUUCCUGGACCAGCACGACUCAGAGGAGCUGGACUGGCAUCCGGUCAACCAGCAGCCCGUUCCCACCCAAGUCUGCAAGGUCAGUAACCUUCGUGAAGGCCACUUCUAUGAGUUCCGUGCCCGGGCGGCAAACUGGGCAGGUGUUGGUGAGCUGUCGGCGCCCAGCAGCCUGUUUGAGUGCAAAGAGUGGACAAUGCCCCAACCAGGUCCCCCAUAUGAUGUACGAGCAUUUGAAGUGCGAGCCACCUCCCUGAUGCUGAAGUGGGAUCCCCCACUGUACACAGGGGCCGGGCCGGUCACAGGCUACCGCAUCAGUUUCCAGGAAGAAGGCUCCGAGCAGUGGAAGCCAGUCACCCCAGAUCCCAUCUCUGGCACCCACCUGAGGAUUUCUGACCUGCAGCCGGGGAAGAGCUAUGUGUUCCGGGUGCAGGCCCUGAAUUCAGCUGGUCCAGGGCAACCAUCCAUGCCCACUGACCCCAUACUCCUGGAGGACAAGCCAGAUGCCCCAGAGAUCAAGGUUGGUGUGGAUGAGGAGGGCUUUAUCUACUUGGCUUUCGAAGCCCCCGAGGCCCCCGACUCCUCCGAGUUUCAGUGGUCCAAGGACUACAAGGGCCCGCUAGACCCCCAGAGGGUCAAGAUCGAGGAGGAAGUCAACAAGUCCAAGGUCAUCCUGAAAGAACCUGGCCUCGAGGAUUUGGGUACCUACUCGGUGGUGGUCACCGACGCGGAUGAAGACAUCUCAGCGAGCCACACGCUAACGGAGGAAGAGCUGAAUAAGCUGAAGAAGUUGAGCCAUGAGAUUAGAAACCCAGUCAUCAAGCUGAUCUCGGGCUGGAACGUCGACAUCCUCGAGCAAGGAGAGGUGCGGCUUUGGCUGGAAGUAGAAAAGUUAUCUCCGGCCGCUGAGCUGCAUCUAAUCUUCAACGAGAAAGAGAUCUUCAGCUCACCGAACCGCAAAAUCAAUUUUGACCGAGAGAAGGGCCUAGUGGAAGUGAUCAUCCAGAACUUGUCGGAGGAUGACAAAGGGUCAUAUACUGCUCAGCUCCAAGACGGGAAAGCCAAAAACCAGAUCACCCUGGCACUGGUGGAUGACGAUUUCGACAAACUUCUGAGGAAGGCGGAUGCUAAGAGAAGAGACUGGAAGAGAAAACAGGGUCCCUAUUUCGAGGAGCUCUUGCAAUGGAAGGUCACGGAGGACUGCCAAGUGCUGCUGACGUGCAAGGUGACCAACACAAAGAAGGAAACCUGUUUCCAGUGGUUCUUCCAGAAGAAAGAGACGCCAGACGGUCAGUACGACCCGCAGACGGGAGCAGGGCUUCUCCGCAUCGAAGAGCUGUCCAGAGAGGACAUGGGAAUUUAUAGAGCAGCGGUUUCUGAUGACCGAGGCUUGGACGACACCAUACUGGACCUCACAGGAGAAGGCCUGGAUGCCAUCUUCACUGAGCUGGGCAGGAUUGGUGCCCUCUCUGCGACCCCACUGAAAAUCCAGGGGACUGAGGAGGGAAUUAGGAUCUUCAGCAAGGUCAAGUACUACAAUGCGGAGUACAUGAAAACCACCUGGUUCCACAAAGAGAAACGCCUGGACAGUAGCGAUCGGGUGAGGGCUGGCACCACCCUGAAUGAGAUCUGGCUCCACAUCCUGGAUCCCAAAGACUCAGACAAGGGCAAAUACAUCCUGGAGAUAGCUGCUGGGAAGGAAAUGCGGCAGCUCUCUGCCGAUCUCUCCGGGCAAGCUUUCGAUGACGCCAUGGCUGAGCACCAGAGACUGAAAGCCUUGGCCAUCAUCGAGAAGAAUCGUGCCAAAGUGGUGAGGGGCCUGCCAGACGUGGCUACAAUCAUGGAAGAUAAGACCCUGUGCCUGACCUGCGUCAUCUCAGGAGACCCCGCCCCUGAAAUCUUUUGGCUGAAGAAUGACCAGCCUGUCACCUUCCUUGACCGCUACCACAUGGAGGUGAGGGGGUCAGAGGUCACCAUCACCAUCGAGAAGGUCAACAGUGAAGACAGCGGGCGCUACGGAGUCUUUGUCAAGAACAAGUAUGGCUCUGAGACGGGCCAGGUCACUAUCAGCGUAUUCAAGCACGGGGAGGAGCCCAAGGAGCUGAAGGAGAUGUGACGGACAAGUUCGGGCUCAGCCUGGGGUCUAGUCUGCAUGGACCAGUAGGGUCACCCAAUGGGUCACAGCCUGGCACAGGCCC